AUGGCAUCUGUAUUCGAAUCGACCGUGUGGCCCAGCACGCCGAUUGCAUCUGAAAUCAAGGAUCUGAUCGCACAUUUCUUCCGCCUUGUUGAUCUGAAAGAUGGAUCAGUUGGCCAGACACUGGCCGAAGAGGUCUUUACUUCAGAUGCGACGCUUAUCGGAGGCGGUGGCACGUUCAGUGGCAAAGAUGAAAUCAAAACCUGUCGCGCCAAUGCAUGGAACGCCGUCAUAUUCCGCCACCACGCGGUGGACAAAGUAUUCGUAAGCGGCUCAGAUGGGAAGGACAUUGUAGUGACGGGCAAGAUGAAAUCGAAGACGAAAGAUAGUCCUGAGAGGAUGACGGUGACGGAGUUCGCGGCACGAAUUGUCAUUGACGCCAAUACUGCAGCAGAUGGACCGAGGAUGAAGAGUUAUCAGGCGUGGGUUGGGAGUGUGAGUUCUGCUUGA